AUGGAUUACGAUAGUAAGAAACUCGAGGAAGCUAGAAAGCAAACGAUUCGAUGGGAAACAUGGAAGAGAGAGGAGGUCGAGGCCCGUCAAAGAGGGCUCGAAUUCAAAAUGUACUGGGAGAAACGGCAUAAGGAGGAUCGUGAUGCCUGGAGACUCAAAGAUUUCGCCAAUGCCAUUGAUAAGAUGAGUCGUGCUGGAUAUAAAGGCAAACAUGGAGAUUUCGAGGUUCCUCCGGAGAGACUCGAGGAGCUAAAUGCUCUAUACAUGCAAGCCACUGUUGGAGAUUACGAUGGAAACACUGCUUUGAAGUGCAGUCAAUACUGGAAGAAGCAUAGCGGAAAGACUCAAAUCGAAGCGAUCCGCGAGUACAUCAAACUUACCAAUAAGGUUUUGACCAAGUACGGAUGGAAUCCACCAGAGGGAUGGGUCUAA